AUGGCUCGCCGUUUAAAUCAAUUGAGAAAAUCAACUUUAUCAACUCAUGAUCAAUUAACUUGUUCAUCGAGUAUUCUUUCAUCGUCAUCGCCUCGUACACCAGGAAAAAAAGUAGUUAAAGGUGAUCCAAUUAUAACUGGCAUUCGACUUCGUCCUUUUCUUGAACGAGAAUCUUUGAUUGAUGAUAUAUCAGCUGUACAAAUAUUUGAAAAUAAUGUUAUUUGUACACAAAAUGGUCGACCGCAGAUAUUUAAAUUUACAAAUUGUUUUGAUGCAUCUGCUAAUAAUAAAGAUGUUUAUGAUGGAAUGAUUCGUUCAGCUGUUCUUGCUUCCUUACAAGGAUAUAAUACAACUGUAUUGGCCUAUGGUCAAACAGCAUCAGGAAAAUCACAUUCCAUAUUUGGUUCAUCGAGUGAAGAAGGAAUUCUUUCUUUAAGUAUUGAUAAUUUAAUAACAAUGAAUGCAAAUCAUCAUUUAAAAUUUGAAUUAAGUUUUCUUGAAAUAUAUAAUGAAAAAGUGACAGACCUUCUUGCAGCACCUACAACAUCAAAUGAACAUGUCACUAAUAAAUCAACAUCAUUUUCAAAAACUGCACGUACACAUAUUUUAAAUAAAUUUGUAUCAAAUUCAAUACGUACACUUGAAAUUCGUGAACAUCCUGUACUUGGUCCAUAUGUUCCUGAUUUAAAAUAUAUUCAAGUUAAAACAAAAGAAGAUUUUCAAAAUGUAUUAAAUUUAGGUAAUCAACAACGUUCAGUUGCAUCAACAAAUGCUAAUCAACGUUCAUCAAGGUCACACGCAAUAUUUACUAUUAAAAUAAGUCGAAUAGAUAUACCACAAUCAAUAACAAAACGUCUUUCAUUUGGAGUCAAUUCUAAUACAAAUUUAACAAAUACACAUAAAACUUCAAUAUUAUCUAAUUUAAAUAAUAAUAAAAAAAAUGCUAAACAACAAGCACAAGAUGAAUUAGAAGCACAAUGUGUACGAUUAAAUUUUGUUGAUUUAGCUGGAAGUGAAAAAUCACAACAAUUUAUUCGAUCAAAAGGAAAAAAUGAUCGAUUUGCAGAAAGUAUUCAUAUCAAUCAAUCAUUAUCUACUCUUCGAAAUGUAAUCGAUGCUUUAUCUCGCCAACAACAUCAUAUACCAUAUCGUGAUUCAAGUUUAACAUAUUUAUUAAAAAAUAGUCUUGGCGGUGAUGCUAAAACAUAUAUGUUAGCAACAAUUAGUCCAUCAUCAACUGUUAUUGAUGAAACAAUAAAUACAUUACGAUAUGCAGGACUUGCUGCAACAAUAACUAAUGUACCUCAAAUAAAAACUCCACAUUUAAGACACGAAAUAGAUGAAUUACGUGAAGAAAAUGCUCGUCUCAAACAAGAAUUAUUUCUUGUGAAAUCAAAAUCAAUGCCAUCAAUACAUUCAACUAUGUCAACAAAUAGUAAAACAUCAUUAACAAGUAUCGAUGAAUGUAUACAAACAAGUUUUUACAAUGGACCGCCAGUAUCAUCAGAAGAACAAAUUGAUAAUGAUGAAAAACUUGAUAUUGUCGAUGAAGAAAUCUUAGCGCAAAUCGAAAAUCAAUGUCAUCGACCAAAACGACAAAGAUUAUCUGAACAACCACUGCAUGAAAUUGCAAAAGUACGCAAAAUUGAUGAUACAAUGUUACAUCGACGAUUAGGAACGAUUCUUAGUUAUGUGACAAGUGAUUAUUCCAUUACGAAUGAUAAUGGUAUUCUAGUUUUUUCAAAUGAACUAAAUAUAAAUGUAAGAAUGAGUUCAUCAUCAUGGAUAAAUGCAGUAGAAAAAUUUGAUCAAAAUUUUGAUAUUAAUUCUAUGACACAGAAAGAAAUUGUUAUUGCAUUGAAUAUGUUUGUUGAUAAUCAAGAAUGA